AUGAAGGUACUACUACUGCAACGUCCAACGAGGGGCUUCUCCAUCUUCGUCACCAUCAUCUUCGUCGUCGUUUUGUGGAGCAUCGCCCGACUACGUCGCCAUGGCUCCCUACUACCGUCCACCUUCGACAACUGGGGAGGAAGAGGGGAGUGGAAAGGGCAAGGAGAGGGAGGAGGAGGAGGAGGGGGCAACCUGCCGUCAGGAGGAGGGACACCAGCAGACCAAACAACUCUGCAAGCCUCACAACUACCUUACAGGCCCCAGCUCGAUCCCGGCCAGUGCCCCAAGGACAUCGAGUACCUGCGUCGUCCCGAGCUUGGCCUAACCGACAAUAUCCUCUACUCGCGCCGCUGCAUCAAGCCGGUCUACAAGGCCAACUUCGACCGCAACGCCAUCACUAACAUCCCCGGGCCUCUCGUCACCAAUACCACCGCCCUCGACCUCACCUCAUGCUCCCACGACGAUGAUCCCAUCCCCUGCGAACCGCUUUCCCUCGAGGUGCCCAUGCCUUACCCUAAGGACGCCCAAUACCAGAACUUGAUCUUCGGCGUGGCCUCCAAAUACGAGCGCAUGCACGAAGCCAUCCCCGCCUUCGCACACUGGCUAGCUGGCACGGGCGCCCGUCUAGUCGGCACCAUCGCCGACGCCGUGCCCCCCGAGCACCAAGACGACGACAGCACCAAGCACUCAUUCAACCUGACCUUACUCGAAGAAGAAUACCGCGCGGCAGGCAUCGUCGCCACCUUCCUGCCUCCCAAGAUCUUCAAGCGCCUGAACCUCAAAGACGGCAAGCCUGACCCUCGUCCCGUGCCCAUCGAGCACCACCACUUUCUUCUGAUCAAGGAACUCCUUUCCGUCAUCGACUCUGAUGAGAAAACAUCCUCGCACUGGCUCGCCAUCCUAGACGACGACACCUUCUUCCCCUCUCUCCACCCCCUCUCCACCACCCUCUCCCAACACGACCACACCCGCCCCUUGUGGCUCGGCGCUUUGUCAGACGACUUCAUGGCUGUGCAAGCGUGGGGAUUCAUGGCCUUUGGCGGCGCCGGCUCCUUUUUGUCUUUGCCGCUGGCGAGGCAACUCGCUCCCCAUCUGGAGGAAUGCAUCACCACGGCGUCUAUCCAGACCGGCGACGGGAUCUUACGGGAUUGCGUUUAUUCGCAUACCAGAACACGGCUGACACUGGUGGAGGGCCUGAAUCAACAUGAUAUCAAGGGCGAUGCCUCGGGGAUUUUUGAGAGCGGAGUUUGGCCCGUGUUGAGCCUGCAUCAUUGGAAGAGCUGGUAUGAGGCUCCCGUGGAGAAGAUGGCGAGGGUGGCGAGGGAUGUUUGCGGGGAUUGUUUUUUGAUGCGGGUUCGGUUUGGCACCGAAGAAAAGGACAAAAAGAAGAAGAAGCAGGAGGAAAGUCUGUUGAGUCUGGGGUAUUCAACCACUUCCUACCCCGGCUUAGAAAACGGCUUAGAUGAUGUCGACUUGUCACGAGUGGAGGGGACGUGGAAUGAGGCGGAACGCAAGGAGAAGUAUGCGUUUAGUUAUGGACCGGUUAGGAGGAGGCUGCAAGAGGGGAAGGAGAAGAAGAGUUGGCGGUUGGUCGAUGUUGAUGUUGAUGAGGAGCAUUCAUCGUCAUCAUCGUCGUUGUGGUCGUCACCACCAGAGUCGCAGUCAACGGUGACAAGGCAGCAGAGCGAAGGGAAAAAGGAGACCAGCGGAUGGACAGCAUCAAAGAAGGGUAAAAAGAGGUUCAGACAGAUCUACGUGCACAAAGCUGCUGGGCCGGCGGUGGGCGAGAGUAUGGAUGAGGUUAUUGAGUUGGUUUGGGAGAUUUGA